CAGAAGCAACAGAGGCGCACCAACAACGACAACUAGGAGACAGAAAUAUCUCUAACAUGUUGCAGAAUCCUUCCAAAUAUCACGCAAAUCCCUUGUCACACUUCCUCGCAUUGCAUAACACACAGGCGGCAGGAGGUGCUGCUGCAGCAGCGGCGGCGGCGGCAGCAGCAGCAGCCAGUGGCGGUGCAGGAGUGGGCUUGGGUGUGGGCGUGGGUGUGGGAGGCGGCAUCCCUGCACAUGGUCAACCGCAUCAUGCAUUGCCCACAGCAGCUUUGGCGGCGGCUGCUGCUGCGGCGGCCGCCGUCUCGGCAGGUCAGAGUUCGUACCAAAUGGAGCAACAGCAACAGCAACACCAUCAUCAUCAUCAUCCACAACAUCAUCAACAUAGCCAGCAGCAUCAUCAGCAGCACCAGCACCAGCAGCAAGUGCAACAGCAACAUCAACACCUACUUCCCCACCCAGACAGCCACCACCCACCGACAACUGGCAACAACAGCAGCAACAACCACCGGGAACAGUUGGCGGCGGCCACUGCGACGUCGCACGCGCAGCUCUUCGAGGCGGCAGCGGCGCAUUCCUCCCUCGAUGUGGGCAAGUCCUUUACAAUAGCCGCCAUUUUGGGGCUGCAGAGCCAGGGUCGCAAGGACUACAACAAUGCCAUCAAUCUGUCUCUCAAUGGCGCCGCACGCGAUGCCAUUGACCAGGACAACAACCACAACAGCAACAACAGCAACAGCAACAACAACAACAACAACAGUCAGAGUGUAAAGAACUUCAAUUGUGAUAGCAGCAGCGGCAUGUCAGUGGGUCGCUAUCUGCCCCCGCACCAUCCGCACCAUCAUCCACCUGGCUUUGCGGCCGCUGCCGCUGUGGCAGCCGCCGUGGGGGCAGCAGCUCCCUCGGCAUUGCAGAGCCUGCAGCAGCUCCACCAGCAGCAUCACGCCCAGCAGCAGGCCACGCUCAGCUUCCAGCGGGAGAAGCUCAAGUCGGACUCCCACAAGAAGAGCUCGCUGAAGAACAAGCGCGUGCGGACGAUCUUCACGCCGGAGCAGCUGGAGUGCCUGGAGGCAGAGUUCGAGCGGCAGCAGUACAUGGUGGGGCCGGAGCGAUUGUACCUCGCCCACACGCUCAAGCUGACGGAGGCGCAGGUGAAGGUGUGGUUCCAGAACCGUCGCAUCAAGUGGCGCAAACACCACCUGGAACUCACCCAGCAGCGACUGGCCCUGAUCCGGCAAACGCAGCUGCCGGGCACGGUCAUGGGCCCCAGUUCGGGGUCAGUCGGUGGGAAUGCAGGCAACUCCGGGUCCACGGAUCUCACUGCCGGAUGCAGUGCAGCCUCACCCAGCCUACAGGAGGAGGACAACGAGGACAGCAAGCAGUCGCUGUCGCUGCCCAUGCCGCCCCUGAGUCGCGCCCAGUCCGAGUCCGAUCUGUCCAUUUGCAACGACUCCCUCGACGGCGACAGCCUCAUGGAUGGCAGCGAGGAGGCCUAAAGUACGCUUGUGCAAAGCAAUUUUCUGUAAAUAUAGCCAAAUACAAUUGUA